UAAAUCAUUGUUUAUUUGCAAAUUUAAACUUGAUUUUGAAUCUUAAAUGUUUUAACUCCACUGUAUCUUUGUUACAUCAUUUUAUGUCAUCCAAACAAAUGCAAAUGUCCAUAAUCUCACAACAAUUUCUCUCAGAAACCACUAGCGAAUAGCCUACAUCCAGAAAAAGAAACUGCGCAUUGGAAAGAGUUUAUGGUUACGGUAAGAUACUCUUUUUGUUUUCCAGAAAGAAUAGGACUUUCUCAGCAGUGGGCAAAUGUGAAGCAUUACGUGUGUUUUAAAGGCAGUCUCUCUCUCUCUCUCUCUCUCUCUCUCUCUCUCUCUCUCUUCGCAGUGCUCCUCCCAGCUCUAUAUUAGAACCAGCUGUGGAGUUUGAGGCUGAAUGAAUGGCUCUUUGUGAUUUGGCUGUCACUUCUGUAUAAGGCUCUGUUUCUUUCUCCUUCCAGAAACUGGCAUGACAAAAGUGUUGGAACAAUGUAACCUAAAGUUCCUACUUUGACAUUGUUACGUCAUAAAAUCAUAUCAAUUCACCACUAAGACCGCAGAAAUGCACGUAUGAGAUGUUGAGCUUUAGAAGAACGUGCCCUUGAUUCUUCAAGCGUAAGAUUAGAUGACCAGAAAAGAAAUGUCUGCAUGAGAUUAAGAGGAUCAUUUUCCAGUCCUGCAGAUCAGCGCUCGAACCCUGCUCUUGAGGAAAUCUUUGAGGUGUAGGAGUGUUUGUGGAGGUCCACGAUGUUCUGGAAUGUUUCUGGAUGUCCGUCAGGGGUGUGUCCGUCUCUUUGGGUUUAGGCGGGUGACUUAGUAGAACUCCGGAGCAAAAGGAAAACACGGCUCACAGUGCAGAGCUUUCCCAGGCUCGGGACAAUUUGCCAAGUAACAUGUUGUUGUGGUUGAGGGAGAUGAGGGGUGUGUUGUGGUGGUAAGCAAUGAUGAUAGAGAGCCCAGAUGAAUUAGUCUCUCACAGAAGAGGCUUUUUUGGAUCAACAGUCGUGAGGAGUGGCUUUUCUAGUGCUCAAGAUGACUGCAAAAGUCUGAAAUGAAGGGAUUUUGGUGGCAUCCAUAAGGGAGUCGAAGGAAUCGAAAGAGGAGAGCGAGGAGGUCGGGGAAGAGAGACCAUCAUUGCAGCACAGAGAUAUUGGCUGGUGAAUGACAAUCAUGGCUCAGGUGCUUCAUAUGGACUCUAGUUUUCCAGGGAAGAUUAACUCCCCGGAGCCCCCCUCCUUGCAUGGAAAGGACUCAGAGGCUCCAUACUCAGUAGAGACCCCCUAUGGCUACCGUCUGGACCUGGACUUCCUCAAGUAUGUCAAUGACAUUGAAAAGGGCAACACUAUUAAGAAAGUUCCAGUGCAGCGGCGGCCACGUUAUGGCUCGCUUCCACGUGGCUGUGGAUACACGGGCUCCUGGUGGACCUCCACUGAGUCGCUCUGCUCCAACGCCAGCAUGGACAGCCGCCACUCGUCGUACUCCUACUGUGCACCGGGAUUUCAUAGCUCACAGCGACCCAACUUCAGUACGGCACGUGUGGAGAAGACCUUGCUGGACGCUCGCCGCAAGCUGGAGGAGGAGAAGGAUGGCCGUCGUUUCUCGAACCUGGGCAGCAUGCACAACAGCAUGGCCGGCUCCAACACCUCAAUAUCCAGUGCCCACAGCUUCAAUCGUGCACAGGGAGGUGGCUCCUAUACGCCAAUGAGCUCCGGCUUGUCCACACCCGUCUCACCGACGCCCGCCCAUCUGCAGCACGUACGGGAGCAGAUGGCUGUCGCCCUGCGGAAGAUCCGGGAACUGGAAGAGCAGGUGAAGACCAUCCCGGUGCUGCAAGUAAAGAUCUCCGUACUUCAGGAGGAGAAGAGGCAGCUCAGCGUACAACUCAAGAGCCAGAAGUUCUUGGGCCACACACUGGGGUUUAGUCGGAGCCGUCCACGAGGAGAGCUCUACAUCGACAUCCCCGAAGAGGAGACGGGAAACGGGACAGGAGCCACGAACAGAGCCGCAGGAAGUCUAUCACCUACCACUCCAGGUUCCCUUCAGGACUCAGGAUGUGAAAUCGAGGAGACUGUAAUUGUCGGUGGAGCUCGUCCAGGUGCAAAGCGGGAGGUGCGAACUGUCAGUGUGGGACCUGAAGUUGUUUACCGUCAAGUGGGAGUUGGGGUGCGAGAAGAAGAUUUGGGGCUGCUGCCUGAAGCCGAAGCCCUCAAGACUAAGUUGGGGCUUUUAGAAGCUCAGUUGAGGAAAAUGACGCAGGAGCUACAGAGUGCUCAGCAGCAAGUGGAAGCGGCUCAGAGAGAGAGGCGAGCUCUUUCUGCUCAGGUGGGACAUGCGGUGAGAGCCACCAGUAUCGGCUGGCAGGAGCAGCAAGGUGAGGCCAGUGCGGGCCUGCACACAGUUAUCAGUUUUACUCAGCAGCCUCGUCAGCAGAGAACCGUGGGAAUCCAAGUGUACACGCUGGAGCAGCCAACAGUGUUGGGAGUAGGGACUCUGCUAAGAGCCCAGGGUUGCACUUCUCCUGCUCAGCCUGGGUCUGUACUGGAAGGAGCCCACAGAAGACAUGCAGAGUCCCCAGCAGCAGAGGAAUCACCACGUGAAUUCCCCAUUGCAAUAAGCUCUAAGCAGGUGCGGGAGGUCUUGAGAAGUGAAGUGUCCAAAUCAGUGCCAGUGACCAACCAGGCAACUGCUAUGGAGACAAAACGCAGCCAAGUGUCAGCCGUCUGCCAUCGGCUAAAAGAGGGCGAGAUUAUCCAGCAACCAGCAGAAGAAGCCAUUCAAAUCGAUCCAGCAAAACCAGCCUCCCCUCAGUCCAACCUGAGGUCAAUCAUGAAGCGAAAGGCAGAUGGGGAACCUGGUUCUCCAUACACCAAAAAGAACCUGCAGUUCAUAGGAGUCAAUGGAGGGUACGAGUCGACAUCCUCUGACGACAGCAGCUCGGAAAGUUCAGAAGAUGAAAGCGAUGCAAGCGAAUACCACGAGGCUACAGAGAAACUACCGGAAUCUGUGGCGCAGCAGUCUCCAGUGACCUCCUGCAGCCUGCAGCCCAUCUGUGAGACAACAGCUGCUCAAACACCUCAGCACAACACUGCCCAGCCACCAGCCAAUCACACUGCAGCAUUGCAGAGCACCAGCCAAUCGCAAGCCACGGAUGCAGCUACCCAGCAACAGGUCACCCAAUCACCAGCAGCAGAGGCAGGCAUACAGCACUCUGUAAACCAAUCAUCAGUGACCACCACGGCUCAUCCGGAGGACAUCGUUCAAUCAGCAGAUGUUUUCCAAGGGCGUUCCUCUCAAAGCACAGCCGCUUCUCUUGAACAAGACUCUGUCCAGUCAUCAUCCACCAGCACUACUGAGCAGCAAUCCCUAGCCACCGAGUCAAACGUCCAGCCAGAUGUGUCGGGCCUUGCUGCUCAGCAGACAGUCACUCAAUCACAAUCCAGCAGUGCCAAGCCUCAGCAAGAUGUUAGCCAAUCAAAAACCACUGACCUCACCAUCCAACAAGUAGCAAAACAGUCACAAUCUACUGAUGCGUCAGCAAAACAGGACAUAGCCAUAUCCUCCACCACUGAUCCAGCUGCAAAUACAAGCACCACCUCUACUAACAAACAAACAUGCAGUCUGGAAUUAAGUGGCAGUCUCGUGGCGGCCCUCCAAACCUUACAGAAGGCACUCAGUGAACCAAAUGCAUUCAGCCAUCAAAAUGCAAGGACAGCCUACACCACGGUGCUGCAGGAGUGGCUCAGAGUGUCCUGUCAUAAAGCUGCUGACACUGCAGUCGUCAAAGCAUACAUGGACACCUUUGCCUCCAUUUCUCCUCAGCUACUGCAGUUUGUCAUCAACAUGGCUGACGGCAAUGGAAACACAGCUCUGCACUACACUGUCUCUCACUCCAACUUCCCUGUAGUCAAACUACUGCUGGAUACUGGUCUCUGUAAUGCUGACAAGCAGAACAAGGCUGGUUACACAGCUAUCAUGCUGACAGCUCUGGCUGCCUUCAACUCCGACAGUGACCUUCAAACCGUCCUACAGCUGCUCCGCACCGGAGACGUCAACGCCAAAGCCAGCCAGGCAGGGCAGACGGCGCUGAUGCUGGCGGUCAGUCAUGGCAGAGGGGACAUGGUGAGAGCUCUGCUGUCCUGUGGGGCUCAGGUGAACCUGCGGGAUGAUGACGGCUCCACAGCGCUCAUGUGUGCCUGUGAACACGGACACGUGGACAUUGUGCGGCAGCUGCUGUCUGUGCCGGGCUGUGACGCCACGCUCACUGAUAAUGAUGGCAGCACAGCUCUCUCCAUCGCACUGGAGGCCAGUCAGAAUGACAUUGCCGUGCUUCUGUAUGCGCACCUCAAUUUCGCGAAGCCGCCUUCCCCCGUGUCACCAAAGUCUCCGAUUCUGGGAUCUUCUCCUCCCUCCUCUGAACUGAAGUGACUGGAUGUCAUGAAUCUGAUUUAAACCCCUUUCCAGCAAGCGAUUCUUGUUCUUUCCACUGUGUGUGUGUGAGGUUUUGUGUGUUGGUGUACAUGUGUACAGUACAGUGUAUCCACAAUUUAGCAUGUACAACUUUUAGAGAUAUAAGAAUUGUGCACUCUUAAAAGAAUUAGCACUUGACACCAUUGGUCCUUACAUCGUGUUUUCUGUUAGCGUUUUUCAUACUAGUGAAGAAUAAAGGGGUGCGAUUCAGAUUAAGAAGAACAACCAGCGUGUAACAGCAAUAUCAUUCAUUUAGCGGUCCACUUGUUAAACAAGUGUUACCUUAAACAGUCAACUUAUCCAAGUGUGUUUACUUUUAACAAUCCAGCAAUAUUUUGCCUUUUAAGUCAUCCAGAUAUAGUCAUACAGCAAACUGAUUACAUUUAUAAGAGCAUUGUGUAAACAACUAAAAAACAUGCCUUUUUAAUCAAGUGUCCUUUCACGGUUUUCACUCUUCUAACAAGAAAAACACAUUCUGAGUUUCCACACCAGCUGUUUUCAGUACGUUUGAUAAGACUAUAUUUGAUUAUACAGUGCAGCUGUCUAACUUUACAACGGGAAACAUAGUGGUCCUGUUACAUCUCCUAGAGAUUUGUAAUGCCGUCUUUUACAGGUAAUACACUUAUGAUGAUAUUUUAGCAUUUUUACUGAAUUAAUUCACGUUGUGAGACAUCAUCCUGCUUAAGAUAGUGUUUGUAUCCAAUUUGUGGGCUUGUGUAAAUCACCUACAGGUUCUCUUUAUCCUUAUAGACAGCAUUGCUGCCAGAUUUGUUCACAGCCGGUGCAGUAUUAUGGUCUCUUGUUCUCUGUUUACUCUGAUUUGUGGAGGACUGCAUGGUUUUGUUAUUUUCUUUGUUAUUUGCAUUGAAGGUUUAUUGAACAAGGGCUCUCCAAAGAUAUUAUAAAUGAGCAUAAAACAAGUUUUCCAGAGCUAAUACACCAUUUUUUUAAAAUCUUGUAUAUUGACAUGUAAUCAUACACAGCCAGUGAAGGAAAUAUGAAGGUACGCAAGUUUCUUGUUGGAUGAGACCAGAUGUUGUCUAGGGCAUCGGGUUUAAGUGAUACACACACACGUUGGUUCUGGCAUGUGUUCGCAGAGCAGCAGCUGAUUUUGUUUCUUUUUGCUCAGUCGCUGGUGGUUUUCGGGUCCAGAAUGGGCGGUUUAAGGCUCUGUAUUGUCUAUGAUGAAUGUAAAAUGUUUUCCAAAAUGAAAAUAAUAUAUUUCAUCUCCAAAGUUUUAGUGCAGAGACUAUAGAAUUUUUUUUCUUUGCUUAUUUCGACCACACAAGAUGUUGGAUUUUUUCAUUUUAAAUGGAAAAGCUUUGUUUAAUUGGAAAGAUAGAUUGAAGUUUUUGGUUUACCCACUUUAUACACACACUUUCUUAUAACUAGUUUAGUACCUAAUUAGUUUUUAUACUCUUUUGUAUUUGUUUUAUUUAACACUCUUUGAAUAUCUUUACAUUUGUUACAUCUGCUCACAGCUUUGUAUAUCUUUUGGCACAUUUUCCGACCAUGAACCUUUAUGUGAAAUGCUCACAUUUAAAUGUGUGUCUGUUUGUUUGUUUGUUUGUUUCCCUUGUUUUGGUGGGGGGGAAUAAAUUUAGACAGAAGGAA